AUGGAUGAAGAUAUAUGGGAUAAGCCGGUGUGUGAAUGGACCGUGCAGGAUGUGUGUUGCUGGAUUCAGGUUGGCCCAUUGCAAGAUGGAGCAGGUCUGGUCCAGGCUGCCUUCAUCAAUAACAUCUCAGGUAUGGACCUACCUGGUAGCAACUCCUGGAGAGAGUGCACGGAGAGUGGGCAAUCCAUUGCUCGUUUGGCUCUCAGGUGGUACGCUUCGUCCUGUGUCACUGCCUGAGCUGUAUGAAGGAGCAAUAGGCCUUUUUUUUUUUGUUCUCUCGCAGGUCGGACUCUACUGAGACUGAACGAUGAGCUGCUGCAAAGGAUGGGAAUCCACCAGAUGAGUCUGCGAAGGGUCAUCUUACUAGAGGUCCUGCAGCUGAAACUCCAACAUGAACUACAGGAACUCCUCUACAUCACUGUGAGUGAAAGAAUGUGCAACUGAGUGUGAGUGGGAGAACCUGCCACUCAGAGUAAGUGGGAGAACCCUCAAAUGAUGAGUGAGGGACUCUGCCACUACAGAUGAGUGAAAAGGCCGAGUGAGAGCACCUGUGGGUGAAGGUGAGUGUGAGCGCCUGUGGAUGAAGGUGGGUGAGAGCACCUGUGGGUGAGGGUGAGUAAGAGAUCAUGCCACUGCAUGUAAGAGAAAUGACCAAUGAGGAUAAGUAAGUGGGUGAGUGAAAGAGAGCGAGCGUGAGUGAGUGAGAGAUAUAUGUAUUCUUUAACAUUUUUUAUAUAUUUUCAUACAGGGCAGUUCCUUGACAUAUGAAAAAACUAAAUAG